AUGCUUCCAAACAACGGCCAACGCCAGCGCGGCGCGGCGCCCCAGAACCGCCAAAUUUCCGCACUGUCUGGCUCACGGCGACCUGCAUCAGGACCACCAGACCCAUUUCCGCCGCCUUCCUCCACCCAGCAAGGAUACGCUAUACCCCCCUCCUCGCAAGGCUAUCGGCAGACUCACCAGCAGCCCCUGUCAACUCAGUAUGACGUUGAAGAUGACUUUGUCGAGUCCCAGCGCCCAAUGAUACCCGAGUACCGCGCUACCCCGCCGCAGCCAACGAUACCGGAAUACCGCUCCACGCCCCAGCAACCAACGAUACCGGAAUACCGCUCCACGCCCCAGCAACCAACGAUACCGGAAUACCGCUCCACGCCCCAGCAGCAUUACCCUUCUCCACAGACACCCAUGCCGCCGAGAACCUCCCGCCCAGAUCGCCAGGCCGGCUUCUACUCCGAGGCGGGCGCUCCUCCGCCUUCCCAACGCCGGGUCGCCGAGGUGUACGCCGACCAUGUGACGCCGCGUUCAUCGCCGAACAUGGCGCGCCGCGCAUCGGCCGUCCCGUCCGAGCAGGGAGGGAAGGGUGCCGAGUUGUCUCCCAAGGUCGAUGAUCUCGUCAACCAGAGUCGCAACUUGCGUGACGCAACGCACGAAAUCAAGGAGAGUCUAAAGGUUUUGCCCACACGCGAGGAGAUAAAGGCGGACAUGAACGACAGCUUGGGCCAGGCCCUGGGCCGGUUCAAGAACGAGAUUACCGAGUCAUUCAAGGAGGUCCUCAGUGAACGCCACCGUGAUCUAAAGAAGCAUGUCGACGAGGAGCUUCGUCCCGUCAAGGAGAAUGUGUCUCGGAUUCUAUCCGCUCUCGCGUUACUUCAACAACAAGGCGUGGCCAACCCCGGACAGGAAAAGACGAUCCAAACACUUGGGGAACAUCUCAUUGCAGCUCUCCGCCCAGUUGACGAACUCAAGAACGUACUCCUCCCCCUUAACAUUGCUCAAACGCUCUCACAAGUCUUUGGUCUCACACAUAGACUCCAAACGCUCCACAACAAGGUCGACCGGACCAUUUUCAACACUCACGGCCUCCCUGGUGCUCACAAGGUCCAACAGGAUGUUCUACUCCGUGUCACUAGGGUUGACGAACGCACGUCCUCGCAGGAGCAGAUUGACAAGAUCAAUUUUGAACUUGUGAAGAAGUUGGACCAGAACGUCGGUUCUCUCCAAGUCGGCAACAAUGCCAACAGCCAGGCGCUGAACGUUAUCCUCAAAGGUGUGGAGAAGCAGGGCGAGGCAGUGCGGGACGCCGCUUGGCGACGGCAGAACUCAGCUGAGUUAUCCACCCAGACGGACGUUCCUGCAACCUACAUCAACAGCCAAGUCGGCACCGAUGCCCCCGCGCCCUUCAUCUUCACGAUCCGCACCGAGCAGGCCCCGGCCAGCCGCAGCCGCCGCACUCCAACUAUCGUCCUCACGGACUCUGACAACGACGUCGACGAAUCGCUCGUGGCAGGGCCUUCGAUUACAAAGAGUAAUGCUACUCGCUCACCUUCUCUGAUGGACGAACCCCAGGGCUUCUCGCCCGGCCUCGCACCCCCUACUCCCCAGCCUCCUGUCAAACGUAAACUAAAGCGCCGCGCGCCUGCCAAGAAGUCCGCAGCCUCGGCGCCCGUCCAAGACUCCGCCCUCGACGACUUUCACUCCACCAGUAGUAGCGAAGACGUCUUGGAAUCAGCUCCGGCGCCGCCCACUGCGCCACCCGCAGCCCACCCGGUAGUGCCUGAGGCUCCUCCGAAGAGGCGCAAAACCGGCCGCAAGCCCAACAACAACGCGUCCAUCAAAGCUGCUGUCUCACGUCGCAUAAGCCGUGAGCGCAAGACUCCCGUUCGCUUCGGACAGGAGCCACCAACGCACGAGCAGGACGUUCUCGUGCCCGGGACUCCGGCCGCCACCUUGCCCGACCGCAUCAUUGCCCCACUCCCUAAGAAGGGUAAAAGCAAGGGCAAAGGCAAGGGCAAAGACAAGGGCAAAGGUAAGCCCGAGCCCAACAUAGCUAUGACCGCCACUGGCCAGAUCAUAGACUUGACGGUCGACAGUCUCAACAGCGCUGAGAGUGACGGUGCGCCGCAAGCAAGGGGCCCCACCGCCCGGCCUCUUCUCUCCGACAACACUUCUACGCAACCUCCCCUCUCGUCAACCUCGCGUAGCUUCCUCGCCACACAGCCCAAUGGCAUACCUGCGUCGUCGUUCCCCUCGGCUGUGCAAGAGACGCAACUCUCCAGCGUAUCAAGAAUUCAACCUCGCCACAUUACUCGUUCUGCGAGCAAUGAGCUCGAUGCGCCAACCCGCCAGGCGUUCUUUACCGCGCAGGGUGAGAGUUUGGACCUGGACGACCUGUUACGCAACGCCAUCGACGAGGAUGGUGAUGGCAACAUCGGAAUGUUGACCGGCUCUCAGAUCCUGGGAGCCGAGGACGAGGACGAGUACGGUUAUGCGUUGAGUCGGGGAUUGUAA